AUGGUGUUAGUGCCUGAGGAUAAAAUUCAUGAGAGGUUGGCAGUCUCAGAAAAAACUGAAGAUAUCGCAAAAAAUAAAUCUUGUCUUACUAGUGGAACAGUGUUGACUAGGCUCGACAAUGAAAUGUAUGAAAUUUUAAAUUCUACGGGUAAAUAUAACUCAGACCGUGAAAAAUGUCAAGCAUAUUUACAAACACUUGAGCGAUAUCUUAGGAUCCUUGAAAAUGAAAAAAAAUCUGUACACACUGCUAAUAUAGAUACCAACAUAAAUACUUCAGACCAGUCUGUAGACAACAACUCUAAAUCCUUCGAUAGUGCAGGUUCUUUUGAAAGCGAAAUUGAUCAUCGUUCUUCAUAUGAUGUAGUUAUAGAUAAUUCAGUUAUAGACAGUGUACCUAAAAGAUUCAGAGCAAACGCAGCGCGGUUAUUAAAAAAGCUAAGAAGUGCACCUACCACGUUAAUAUCUUGGGACGAUAGAGGUCUUGUGACAAUUAGAGGUAAAAAAGUAGUACGUUCUAAUAUCACUGAUCUUUUAAACGAUGUGCUGAGGCCUAGAAAGAGUGUGAAAGCAAUAGGCCGUCAACAGUUUGCUCAAGUACUGCAAACGCUAAACAUACCGCGUGAAUACAUCGGUAAUCGAGUUUAUUUAGACGAAGAAAUGUUAACUUCUACACCUAGAAGACGAUCUGUUAAUUUUUCCGUACCUGAAAUACUUACAGAACACACAUCCUUAGACGAAUUACAAUUAAAUCAAAACAGUGAAGGUUCUAUAAAUAAAAACAGUCAAAGUGCUAAAAAUAUUCUAAAAUACUCUGCUGAAAACAAAUCAGAGCUAUCUCGAGAUGAUGUUAAGGAAUGGUUAAAUAAACAAGAAACUUUUACAAAACAUCGUAUGAACAGGAAACGUUUUAUUAGUAGGACUUACAAUGUUGAAUCAAUAGAUGAUGUCUGGGAAGCUGAUUUAGCUGAUUUACGUAGUAUCUCUACGUAUAACAAAGGUUAUAAAUAUAUAUUGAUGGUGAUCGAUGUGUUGAGUAAGUAUGCGUGGGCUGAGCCUUUAAUAAAUAAAACUAGUCUAAGUGUGACUCAAGCAUUCCAAAAAAUCUUAAGUAGAAGUAACAAAAGAAUACCCCGCUUAGUGCAGACAGAUAGCGGAAAGGAGUUUCUUGGAGAGACUUUUCAAGAAUUUUUGAGAAAAAAAGGAAUAUUGUUUAGAACAGCACGCAACCCUGACGUCAAAGCAGCUAUUGUAGAACGUCUAAAUAGAACGAUAAAGGAGAGAAUAUGGCGUUAUUUUACGUAUUCCCGCACAAAAAAGUAUUUAGACAUAUUACAAAAAGUUAUUUACGCUUACAAUCACACAACACAUACUGGUAUCAAAAUGGCGCCGGUCAAUGUUAACAAUAAUACAGCUCAAAUAGCUUUUAAUAACCUUAAAAAACGUUAUGAAAAUGAGAAGCGCUCUGAGCUCCUGAAAAACCGUAAGCUUAAAUACGCUGUUGGUGACUUGGUACGUAUCAGUAAAGCAAAGGCAGCGUUUACCAAAGGAUAUGAGAGCGGCUGGAGUAGCGAAGUUUUUAAAGUAUCAAGUAUUUCUGAUUAUCGCCAACCACCGGUUUAUAUAUUAAUCGAUCUUCAAAACGAACCAAUCAACGGCAUAUUUUAUGAAGAGGAAUUAUCUAAGGUUGAAUAA